GUUCGGAACGCCACUUUGGUUGAAUGUAGGGAAAAUCAAUCCCGUCCUCUGGAUUGGCAGUUAACGGAGAUAGGCACUAGGGGCGGCUUCUUUUCCAGUAAACAAGCCCGAUCGUAAGCAAACUGGGUCGAGCUAUGCCGCUUACUAUCGUUGUAUGUUGGAGUGGCCGGCUGUUUUGCGAUUUCGUCCCGUCCGUGCAGAAUGUCGAAUUUACACGGACCGUCGCGGUCCCCGAGGUCUUUUACACGCAGGAUCAAAGCUCCUCUUGCGCACAUGACUUGGACAAGUAUCUUUCUGAUACACCGCCAUUCGUUCCUUCUGACGCCUACCGUGAACGCUGCAGGCCGAAAACCGGGAAGGUAACAACAGGGCCGUGCCUUGAUAGCGGAGUUCACUGCGGGGUACCUCGCGUUGCUUUUUCGCGUUUAUUCUUGGCCCAGCACUUCCUCAAACAGUCAGGUGCUCAACGCAGCAUGCACCUACGCGGAGUCUGGAUUGCCAUGUGCCUCAACAAAUUUCUCAGGCGAAUUUUUUGAUUGGCUGGCAGCCCCUCUUUUCAGGACCAGCGGUGUAUAUUUUCCCACACACUUACUGCUGAGAUGCGCGAUGAGCUGUAAUACAUGAACGUACUUCCUGUAGCUGCGCAAACUAGACCGUUCAGAGGUGUACUUGGAUGAUUAACACGGCUUUGAUUGCCAAAGAGGGGCAAGUUAAGUGAUUUUAAAGGUUUAAAGGCGAUCACCUAGGCACCACUGUUGUUGAGCA